AUGGGACUCACUGUUAUUCUCGGUAUGGGCCUUGGCUGGGGCUGGGGCGUCCUUACCAUGAAAGCGGCUCUUGUUGCUCGUCCACAAGCAGACACCAAUGCUCGACUGGCCGAGCUCCAAAGAGCUGCAACCCAGAACACGACCAACGUUGGCCAGCUUUCCGGCCAAACUACUUAUGCGCAAGUCCUAAUCUUUGAGGGAUUCAUGCUUGAUGCAAGAGUUACGGCAGUCUACUAUUGCAUGAUCUGUGUACUGAUAUACGCUUUGGCACGUAUGCGCGUGGCGAACCCCAAGUUCACCCUGGUUCAGAUAUUUGGCACCAUCAUUAGCGAUAUUUUCCUCACAACCGGGCCGAUACUACCUUCGUUCUCCGGAAAAAUACCCCUAGUGUUGAUCAAGCCUGCCGCUACUGCUAUUGGGAUUGGAGCACUUUGUAACAUCCUCAUCUUCCCAGAAUCAACCUCACAUAUUGUCCUGAACAAUAUCAAGCAGAUUCUCUCCCCUAUGAUCGAGUUUGUCGACGCUUGCAGGAUAAGCCUCGACACUGGUGCACGCCCGUUGAGCCGCCAGAGACUGAAGACGGCCAAGGCUCAAGGUGUGGCAAGCUUCAGGGCCUUGGAGGCUCGAAUGGGCUUCCUCCCGCUUGACGUAUCUGUGUGUCGUUGGAAUUCUCAGGACAUUGGUGAGUUGAAGAAGCCACUCCGGUUUGUUUUCAUAACCUGGAUUGGCCUUCUCGAGGCACAGAUCAGUAGAUCCCAGUCUACAGAGCGACUAGCACAGCUUCAAGAGAGAAGUGAAGCAAUGAAGCUAGGAAAAGUAUCGGAAAUGCAGCCCAAAUUUGGUCGACACCAGAUUGCACAGCAGCUUGAUUUUGCGCAAUUGUUUCGGAAUGCCGAAACGGAGGAUCUGAUCACAAAGAGCAUGUCUGCAUUACAUGAAUCUUCCACUCCCCUCCUAAGGAAAUGCAAUGAAGCCAUUCAAGCCAUGAUUGAAACUUUGAGUGUGGUAAAUGAGAAAAAGUGGUAUGGGCGCCCAUCCGAGGAAGCGCUCAGUGAAAUGCUACAGCGCCACGAGAAACUUCUCGUGGAUUUACGCAGAGAGUGUGAGACGUUUGUUGCGACCACAACACCACGAAUCCUUGACCACCAUACUCACCUUUUCGAUGUCAAUGGUAAUCUUGCGCCUUCCCCGAGUCUUGGUGCGGUACCACUGCGAGGUGUCGUACUAGGUCUGAUCUUUGAGGAACGGUUCACAAUCUUUGCUCGAUCAGUGACGCAGCUAUUAGCUCAAUUCGUCGCAUUGGAAGGACAGCGUAAGACACAGAGGCUGUGGCUUCCUGUUGGACUACGCCACUUUGGCUCAUGGGUUUCGGGUCGACAGCCCACGCCGCAGAUCACGCCGACAAGUCCAGAACUAGAAAUGGAGAAAGAAGAAUCCAGAUCACGACCUCGCCAUCGCCACCGGAAGAAUAAAGCAGCAAGCGGUGAGAAGGAUUCACAGUCCCAACUGCCUAAUGCCUCCGAACAGCUUGCCUCCAUCCAUCUUCAUCGUGGCAAAACUCGAAGUCCACUUGGACGUUUCGUGCUGGCUUCUACUCAUUGGAUUUCGAGCACUGCUGGAAUGUUCGCACUUCGAAUGGUCAUCGCAACCAUCGCUGUCGCCAUUCCUGCUGCAAUUCCCUCAAGUUCAGGGUUUUAUUAUAGGGAGAAAGGUCUUUGGGCGUUGAUCAUGGCCCAGUUAGGUCUUGUGCCUUAUGCUGCCGACUUCACAUUUGGUCUCAUCCUUCGAAUCGGAGGUACUGUCAUAGGAGGAAUUUUCGGAAUGGUUGUUUGGUAUAUCGGUGCCGGAAAUGGGCCAGGGAAUAGCUAUGGAAUGGCUGCCAUUUUUGUGCCUUUCAUCAUUGUUCUGAUGUGGCUUCGACUGUUUGCCUCUCCGGCGUUCAUGCAAGCCUUCAUCAUCACUGGAGCAACCCUCUACCUGACCGCCGCCUACAGCUGGGUGGACACACACAUCCCAUCAUACGGCAAUCCAGGAGUGGGCUACUCCGUAUUCUGGAGACGGAUUGUUCUCGUCUUGGUUGGCUUCACUGCGUCCGCAGUUGUGACCUACUUUCCUCGCCCACCAAAUGCAGGUCGCCACUACAGACGGGUUUUGUCGCGAACACUUUCGAGCUUCCAGGAUCGAUAUGCAUUACUUGUCACCCAUGCUACCCAUGUCGAACAUGAAAACGACACCGUAGGACAAAGCAAUGUCCAUCCGCUCGGUAAGACAGGUUUUAUGACCACAGUCGAGAAAAGUACGAUUGAUACGGCCGACCUGCUCUCUUCAAUUCUUGGUCCUAUCCAGUUGCUCAAGUUCGAAUUCUCUUCUACGGAUUUUACAGCUGAAGGUCUCGGCAAAAUCACACUACUCACCACUAACAUAAAUUUCAAUCUCUUCCAAUUGUUCUACUACCUUUCACAACUCCCACCAGAGUUCAAGCGGCGAUUUUUUCUACUCAGCGGCGCUUUUGGGGAACAAUUUGUUGGUGAUUUCAUGGGGGUCUUGAGUUUGUUGUCGCACAGUCUUGAAACAGGAAAUGCACUUCCACAUGUACUGCCAGCGCCACUGACAGUGAGGGCGUUCCGUGGUCGCGUCGAAACUUUCUAUCAUCCGCACGCAGAGGAACAUAUCGGGCAGAACUCUAAUACAGUCGAAUCCAUGGACAAUAUCAAUCACGAGACUGGAGAAGAGAGCACCACGCAUAUCAACAGCGUCCUAGGACCCAUCAAGAGGCAAAUGCUCGAGACCAAGAACGAGGGAUUCAGAAAAUAUUGUGUCGUACUAUCAUCCAUGGUCGGCUUGCUAAAUGCAAUUGAUGACAUGGUCUUGGUAGUGAAAGAGGAGCUGGGCGAAGCACAUUUUGUGGAUAUUGAAAAAUGGACAGGUGGUCUCGGCGCACCAGACAGAAGAUCAGUGCACGUUGCGGAUGGAGAUGAUGAGACAGGGGCAGGAAAUGAAGUUUCAGAUGUGAAUAUCAAGGAUAACGACACAGAGCAAAGUACUAGAAAGGAGAAGAAGACUAUCGCUGUCUAA